AUGGCCUAUGACCUACAUGGUCAUUGGGAGACAAAUGUUGAUUUACACUCUAAGUUACAUCCAACUAAAGGAGAAACCACAAACAUCGGCACAUCAAAUACUGCUUAUGCUGCAAAUUAUUGGGCAAAUAAAGGUGUGCCAAAGCGUAAAAUUAUUAUUGGUAUUUCAACUUAUGGUCGUGGAUGGACAUUAGCAGAUCCCAAAAAAAAUGCAAUUGGAUCAGCUGCAUUAAGCAAAUCUUCACCUUCGACCAUAUUUCCUGAUGGAGGCAAAGCAGCUUAUUUAGAGAUUUGCAAAUACUUGAAGGAAGGUGGCAGAGAAACAGUGGAAAAAGAUGGAAUUGGAGCAGUCUUAAUCAAAGGCAAGCAGUGGUUUGGCUAUGAUAAUGAGAAAACUAUUAAGAGUAAAAUGGAAUGGCUCAAGCGAGAAGGUUUUGGUGGUGCAUUUAUAUGGAGCCUUGAUUCUGAUGAUUUUACUGGAAAAAGUUGUGGCAAAGGUCAGUAUCCACUAACAAGUGCUGUUUGGAAAGAACUCACUAAUAAUAAAAAAUCUUCAAAUUUUCUGGUAUGA